CUUCCGUCUCCAUGGAGACGAGGCUCCUCGACCAACCGCGGGCCGCUUCCGCCGACGUCACCGCCGACACGUGGAUCCAAGAUGGCGGCCUCGGGGGUGCUGGAGAGGCUCACAUGUCAGCUAGUACUGCUGCUCAUAUGCCACAGAGUGAGCUGCUUCUAUGUGCCAGGCGUUGCACCUAGGAACUUUCAUCAAAAUGAUCCUGUAGAAAUCAAGGCUGUGAAGCUUACAAGUUCGCGAACCCAGUUACCUUAUGAAUAUUACUCCUUACCAUUCUGCCAGCCUCCUAAAAUCACAUAUAAAGCAGAGAAUCUAGGUGAGGUCCUCCGAGGGGAUCGGAUUGUCAACACUCCAUUCCAGGUUUUCAUGAACAGUGAGAAGAAGUGUGAGGUUUUGUGUAAUGUUCCAAAUAAGCCAGUUGUUCUGAAGAAGGAAGAGAGCAAGCUGAUUGCUGAACGAAUCCAGGAGGAGUAUUAUGUCCACCUCAUCGCCGACAAUUUGCCAGUGGCCACAAGGCUGGAGUUUUACUCAAACCACGAGGAGGAAGAGAAGAACAAGGAGAAGGACAUACAAUUUGAGCAUGGCUACCGGCUUGGCUUCAUGGACAGCAGUAAGUUCUACCUGCACAACCACCUCUCCUUCAUCCUUUACUACCACAGAGAAGAGAUGGAGGAGAAACAGGAGCCGACCUUCCGGGUGGUUCGCUUUGAAGUCAUUCCACAGAGCAUUAAGCUGGCUGAUCUGAAAGCAGAUGAGAAGGGCUUGUGUAUCCUUCCUGAAGCUGCCAACUCAGCUCCUCAAGAGAUUGAUCCCAUGAAGGAAAAUGAGUUGCUCUUUACCUAUUCUGUGCGCUGGGAGGAAAGUGACAUCAAAUGGGCUUCUCGUUGGGACACAUACCUCACCAUGAGCGACGUGCAGAUACAUUGGUUCUCCAUCAUUAACUCUGUUGUGGUCGUCUUCUUCCUUUCAGGUAUUCUCAGCAUGAUCAUCAUCCGGACGCUCCGGAAGGAUAUUGCCAACUACAACAAAGAAGAUGACAUUGAAGACACCAUGGAGGAGUCUGGGUGGAAGCUUGUGCAUGGUGAUGUCUUCAGGCCUCCUCAGUAUCCCAUGAUCCUCAGCUCCCUCCUGGGCUCUGGGAUUCAGCUUUUUUGCAUGAUCCUGAUAGUUAUUUUUGUAGCCAUGCUGGGGAUGCUGUCUCCGUCUAGUCGAGGAGCCUUGAUGACCACUGCCUGCUUCCUCUUCAUGUUCAUGGGGGUAUUUGGUGGUUUCUCUGCUGGCCGGUUAUAUCGGACACUGAAAGGUCAUCGAUGGAAGAAAGGAGCUUUCUGUACAGCCACACUGUAUCCUGGCGUUGUCUUUGGAAUAUGCUUCAUCUUGAACUGCUUCAUCUGGGGCAAGCACUCAACAGGAGCGGUCCCAUUCCCCACCAUGGUGGCUCUUCUGUGCAUGUGGUUCGGCAUCUCCUUGCCCCUGGUCUACCUGGGCUACUACUUCGGAUUCCGCAAGCAGCCAUACGACAAUCCUGUGAGGACUAAUCAGAUUCCAAGGCAGAUCCCAGAACAGAGGUGGUACAUGAACAGAUUUGUUGGGAUCCUUAUGGCUGGCAUUCUGCCUUUUGGAGCCAUGUUCAUUGAACUCUUCUUCAUAUUCAGUGCCAUUUGGGAGAAUCAGUUCUACUACCUCUUUGGUUUCCUCUUCUUGGUGUUCAUCAUUCUUGUGGUUUCGUGCUCCCAGAUCAGCAUUGUCAUGGUGUACUUCCAGCUCUGUGCUGAGGACUAUCGAUGGUGGUGGAGGACUUUCCUCGUGUCUGGAGGAUCUGCCUUCUACGUGUUGAUUUAUGCAAUCUUCUACUUUGUGAACAAGCUGGACAUUGUGGAGUUCAUUCCUUCCUUGCUGUACUUUGGCUACACAGCCCUCAUGGUGCUGUCAUUCUGGCUCCUGACGGGAACCAUUGGCUUCUAUGCAGCCUACAUGUUCGUCCGCAAGAUUUAUGCUGCUGUGAAAAUAGACUGAAGAUGCGCCAAUGCCAUACAGCACAAAGCAGCCUUCCUCUUGGUUUCUUCUUAGGAUGGACACAAGGAACUCUCUCCUGUUUCUUCCAAGGAAACAAAACUUGGUGGGAAUGGGACACAAGAAAUAAAACAAAAAUAGUUCAAUUUUUGGAAUGUAAUCUUUGGCAGAGUGUCCAUGGAUCUGGGGGAGUCUCAUGGAGGGGAAGGAGAGUGUAGAUACUUUGCAUUUUAACUUUUACUCUAUUCUGGUUAUAAGGGACUUUUUUUAAUCUCUGAAGCAUCUUUCUCAAUGAGUUUUUUUCUCCCUUUUGUCCAAUUUUUCUAUGACAUGGCAACAACAUUAGAAUGCAAUGGUCACAGUUUUUAUCAAGCAGGUAUUGAAUUCAGGGAGAGACUUUCUUCAGUAACUGUGCAGAAUAGCCUUUUGGUGUACCUGGCCUAGGAAGAAGACAGUGGAAGUUGUGGUUUCUGAAGGGAAAAUCCCUAAAAAUGUGGGCUGGCGCUUGGCCAUGCCUUGGUUCCAGCAGCUCCCUCUUCCUGGUGCCAUGGAGGUGCCAUUUCAGAACUAGACAAGUGCAGUUUCUCGUGGAGGGUUUUCAAACUCCUCAGCCUUUGUCUUGCGUCUCCCAGCUGCUCAGUGAUGGAAGUUUUAGUGGAGACAGCAGUGACAACUGCUUGUCAUCUUGGCAAGCUCUUUACUCUGAAUGACAGUUUUUAAAAGUUUGGAACUUAAUCCUUUUCACAGUGGAAGGGGCCUGCAAACUGGAAUAAAGGUAUUUGAAAAGUUUGGACAAACAUCCCUGGAAAUCUCCUCAACCCUCCCCAGCAACUGCUGGAUUGAAGUUCCAGGCCCUGACCAGACAAACUCACUCCACUGUUCAUGUGCCAAGGAGUUGGUGACUCAAACGUUGGCAAUUGCUGCUGUUAAGCGCAAGAGACGGAAGGGAACUGGAUAUGUUCUGCGUGUCCAUUUGGUUUUCCAAGGAAGGAAAUACUUGUUUCUGCAAGUGUUUCUUCAAGCCCCGUCCACUCCUCCGCAGUACUGGCUCACCCAAGUUCUCCUAAUCUGUCCAAAUGAUGAAGUUGAUCCUCUAGAGGUUGAAGGUGGCCAGAGAUUAUGGGAGCUGCAGUCCAACACAUCUGGAGGAGCACCAGGCUGAGCAAAGCUGGGAUGAAGAAGGUUCUCAGCUAUUGCUGGAGCUUGCCCCUCAUGCCUCCCUUCCUUCCUCAUCAUUCCAAAGCCAUGCCAGCCAAGAACCAAGGCCUGACAAAGAGGAACCGUGGUAUUUUGUUUCUACACUGUGGUACCAUUUGUUACCAUGCUGUGGAUUCAUUAGUAAACUCUUGAUUUGAACUAGGUUUAAAAUAUUUGAGUGAAUCCCCUCCACUAAUGAUUUCAACGCCCCCCCCCCCACUGUAUCCCCUGUACUUUUUAAUGUAUUGUUUGAACCCAACUGUAAAUAAAUAUGCUGUUGUCCUGUU